CUUGGAGCAGGUCGCCGCUGGCUGGCACGCGCCACCCGGUUCCGGAGUAAAUAGGGAGAGACUCUCCCGAGCACCGUAAUUAGAGUUCAAGUGGGCGGGGAGCCGCUCCGCGCCGCCCGCUCAUGUCUCUGCAGGGCCGAGUGUCCGGCGGCUUGGCACAGCUGCGUGUGGCGGGGCAGCUGCUUGGCGCCCUGCGCCCCCGGCCAGGCCCCUCAGUGGGUGCCACGCGGACCCGCAGCAGUGCGUGCGGUCCCCUGGCCUCCCUGGGCGCCUACGGCCCCUGCGCGCGGGCCCCAGCGGGAGUUGGGGCUUGGGGGGCGGCGGCGGUGGGGCGGAGAGCGGGGGUGCGCACCUGGGCCCCCCUGGCCAUGGCGGCGAAGGUGGACCUGAACACCUCCACCGACUGGAAGGAGGCAAAAUCUUUUCUGAAGGGCCUGAGUGACAAGCAGCGGGAGGAACAUUACUUCUGCCAGGACUUCAUCAGGCUGAAGAAGAUCCCAACCUGGAAGGAGACGGCGAAAGGGUUGACCGGGAAGGUGGAGGAGCCCAAGUACAAAAAGGACAAGCAUCUCAAUGAGAAGAUCUCUCUCUUCCGGGGAGAUAUCACCAAGCUGGAGGUGGAUGCCAUCGUCAACGCCGCCAACAGCUCCCUGCUCGGAGGAGGCGGCGUGGACGGCUGCAUUCACCGGGCCGCCGGGCCCCUGCUCACCGACGAGUGCCGGACCCUACAGAACUGCGACACAGGCAAGGCCAAGAUCACCGGCGGCUAUCGGCUGCCUGCCAAGUAUGUCAUCCACACGGUGGGGCCCAUCGUGCACGGAGAGCCCAGCGCCAGCCAGGCUGCCGAGCUCCGCAGCUGCUACCUGAGCAGCCUCGACCUGCUGUUGGAGCACCGGCUGCGCUCCAUGGCGUUCCCCUGCAUCUCCACGGGCGUCUUUGGAUACCCCAAUGAGGCAGCGGCCGAGGUGGUGCUGGCUGCGCUGCGCGAGUGGCUGGAGCAGCACAAGGACAAGGUGGACCGGCUGAUCAUCUGCGUGUUUCUGGAGAAGGACGAGAGUAUCUACCAGCGACGGCUCCCCCACUACUUCCCAGCAGCCUGAUGGCACCCCACCGCACACCCUGCCCAGGACCGACUCACCGGGGCCUGCUGGACCUCGCUCCCAGCUCUAAUAGGUCACUGAAGCCUGCAGCUGGACCUGGGCCCCCCACCCUUCUCCCAGCCCCUUGCCCCUCAGGAGUCUGCUAAUAAAGACCACGCUUGCUGCA